UUCCAUAAACUCUUCCAUAUUACUAAACUAACAUGAUUCUUAACCACGUUGGCGCCGGAUUUCGUUACCUCGACACGGGUCGACCCGACCCUAAUGACGGGAUCCGAGUCUUUCUUCCGCAUUUCUACCGCCGAAGAGUAUCUCUGCCGUGUCCGGCAGCGUUCCACGGCGUGCAUUUGGAGAGCAAAUGCGAGAAGCGAAGGUCGAUAUGCACCGCCGACGAGCUCCACCGCGUCCCUGUUUCCAACUCCGGUUGGAAUCUCGCUCUGUGGCGCUACCUUCCUUCACCAAAGGCACCGAUGAGGAAUCACCCGCUUCUGUUGUUGUCAGGGGUUGCAACCAAUGCUAUUGGCUAUGAUCUCUCUCCUGAUUCUUCAUUUGCACGAUACAUGUCGGCACAAGGAUUCGAUACAUGGACUCUUGAGGUUAGAGGUGCUGGGUUGAGCACACAUGGAGAUAACUUGGAAGAAGAUCCUGCAAUUAGUGGCGGUAAAAACAGUGCUUCUUCUUCAAGAACAUUGGGAUUUAGUAACCUUGGUGCCUCUCUUGAUACAGAAGGUACUCAAUUGGAAAGGGGAGCGCCAGAGGUUGUAGCUAAAUUUGAAGAAUUACGGCAAACAACUAACUUGAUGGAUAUUUUUACAAGAAUAUUUGACAGAGUUCAAGAUAUUCUUGAAGGCCAACAACUUUUAAACUAUCCAGAGCGUUUUACUGCCAAUCUAGAAGAAUUUCAGAAACAACUUGAACUCGUUGCCAAGCACGAAUGGGACUUCGACCAUUAUCUAGAAGAGGAUGUACCUGCUGCGAUGGAGUACAUAAAGGCUCAAUGCCAACCAAGAGAUGGAAAAUUACUGGCAAUCGGUCACUCAAUGGGGGGCAUUUUGUUGUAUGCAAUGCUAUCACGUAGCGGUUUUGAUGGACAGGAUCCUAGGUUGGCAUCGGCUGUUACUUUGGCAUCAUCGCUCGACUAUACACCUUCAAGAUCAUCUCUCAAGUUUCUUUUACCGCUGGCAGAGCCUGCUCAGGCUUUAAAUGUUCCUGUUAUCCCAGUUGGACCAUUGAUGGCUACUGCUUAUCCAUUUGCAAACUUUCCUCCAUAUAUGCUAUCUUGGCUAAAGUCUCAGAUUUCAGCUCAGGACAUGAUGAAUCAAAAGCUGUUUGACAGGCUUGUUUUAAACAACUUCUGUACCGUGCCUUCUAAGCUUCUCUUGCAAUUAACCACUGCCUUCCAGAAAGGUGGUUUACGUGACCGCAAUGGAACUUUCUAUUACAAGGACCACCUCGGCAAAAGCAAGGUUCCUGUUUUAGCAGUUGCUGGUGACCAAGACCUAAUUUGCCCUCCUGAGGCUGUAUAUGAAACCGCGAAGCUCUUUCCAAAGGAUUUGGUUACAUACAAAGUCUUUGGGGAGCCUGGAGGACCACACUAUGGCCACUACGACUUAGUCGGUAGCCAUUUGGUAUAUCCAUGUAUAACUGAAUUUCUCAUUCAACAUGACAUGCCUUAGUACAUUGCUCUUUCCAAAUGGUAAUACCUAUACCUCAUUCUUUUGUACAUCAAGAAUACUGAGUAGAUGAAGCUAUAGAGAACACCCUUUUCAAGGUCCUGCCAAUGCAUAUGCAUGACUUGUGCUGCUGCAUAAGUUACUAUGUGUAGUCAAAGGAUAGGUACACGUCAAGUUAUAGAUGUCUGCAAAAGUUUGGACAGAAUUCUGGGAUUAUUGUAUAUAUAUAUAUAUUAUCUUUGCUUUUAUGGUCUUUAUGAUAUAUAAGACAUAUUCAUGAUAUAAAAAGAAAAUUUAUAUUUAUUUAUUAUAUUAAUACCAAAAAAGAGAGAAUAAGUCUAAAUUAGUUCUA